AUGGCUCUCAUGUCCAACUGUGUUCACCAUUUGAGGACCAGCUACAAACUCUACAGGGUAUGCCCAAAGAUGGGAAAAGAGAGUGAAGCAUUGGAAGAAAGGGAGGAAAUCAGCAGGCAACAGCCUUCCCAUGAUGUGAUCAUGCGGGGGCACUGGGGAUCUCAGCAACCCCGCAGAGCCCAGACUUCGGAUGGGGAUAGCGGGAAGGGUUCCCAUUCGCGCAUGUCUACCUACGAUGAAGUCAUGUUGCAGGCCGAAAGCAGUGACAGCGAUGGCGAAAACAGCAGCAGUCAAGGGACCUCACAAACCCAUGAUCUGCUGAGCCAAAUGCGCAUAAAGUCGUUGCGCCAUGUACAAAAGACUGCAGCGGAUGUGCCCAAGCUCACCCCACCUCCCCUGGCCCCACCGGGUACACCUAUACUGCAAACGAGGAGCUCAAUUGGGGGAGCCUCCUCAGCAUCGUGGCGCCAAGGCUCUCCAGAUAUAGAUGAGGGAGCCUUUCCUCUGAAAUCGGCCCACAGUGGCUCAUCUGGUCCCUCACCAUACAGAGCCCCAAGCCCCAGCUUCUCGCAGUCCUCUGGGCUGCACGAGAGGGGCGCUACCAUCGCGUAUGGAGACAGCAGUGGCUCAAUGGGGUGGCCCGGUUCACUGGCACGACGGUCCACAUCUCAGGGCAUGGAUCUGAUUCCACCACCCUUUCCCACCAAGCCUGCCGGCCACUUGCGAGGAGAAGUGAACGUCGAUUCUGGACCGUGGGGGCCAUUUGUGGGAAGCGCCACAGCCAACUUGGCAGCCCAGUUUCUGACAUCGCAAGAGUUGGAGGAACAGGGUUGGGGUGCACGAGGUGGGCAGGGAGUGUUCGCAUCAGAGUUGGUUGGCAGCCAACGCGUGGGAAGUCGGGCUCCAGCGGGCUUCCUUCAGGCUGCGCCCCAUGCAGCAGCAAGCAGCAAAGGAUUCGCUGUGGCAUGGCCUGAGAACGGUACAGGAGAGUGGAAAGGGCACGAGGCUGGCUCCACCACGCUGUCGAUUGGGACGCAAGAGGUUGAGACACCUGUAAGCCAGGUGGCGCCCCUGCAGGAGGAUUGGUUCCAAGUCAAGGAGUUCCGCAAGAUGAGCGAUGGGUUUGAAGACGAUGCGCCGCCAUGGGAGACAGGAGAUUCAGCAGAGUACCAAAGGGGCAUUACAGCACCACCUGUGUCCUUUCAACCGUAUGUUGAUGCUGUUGACGAUGGAUUUGGUGAUGAUGCUCCCCCGUGGGCAACCGACCGAGCCAAGUCGUUGGGUGCGGAUAUGGCAGUAAGGGCAGAAUUUGAAGCCGCAAGCACAGCUGCAGCUGCUGCAGCCCCUUCCGGGGAUGUGCAAAGGCAUGACUGGUUUGAGGCUGGGAAGGAUGGACAAGGCAGGGUUGACAAAUUCGCGGACGAUGCCAAGUCCUGGAAUGGCUCAGAAACAACCAGGGAUCCGAAUCAGAAUCUGUCCAGCGAUGGAGCAGGUGCGGUGCUUGGGGCCAGUGGGCUGAUGGCAAAUGAUGCAACACCCUCCAGGCAGCAGGCUGGGGCUGGCACGAACACACUGGAGUGGAAUGGUGAAGCCUCUGAGGUGCCUGACAGUGGGCUCAGAUUUGAGGACGAUGCCCCACCGUGGGGAAAUGUCGGACUGCCUACAGCGUCACCUGCAAAUGUGGAAAUGAUCACGUCAGAACAGUUGAAUCCACAGUCUGAAAGCUCCAAUGUUGGGAGCAUGCUUGCAGAUGCUCCACCACAGUGGGCAAGUGAUGGCCUGCCAUCACUCAAUCCAGUAUCUGUGGAAUCGCCAUCUGAGGUAGCAUCAGCUGUGCAGCCAGUACGAGAACCCCUGUCACCAACUGGCUGGCAGUCAUUUGAUCACAAUUUCUCCAACGAAGCACCAGCAGCGGGUGCCAGAGAACUUGGCGGGGAAGUGCCUUGGGGCCUGGGCGCUACAGAUAAUGUGCUCGCCACAGAGUCAUCGAUCAGUCAGCAAGGCACGGGGCGCGAUGGUAACUGUGCGGAGAGCAGUCAGCGAUUGGCACCCUCUUCAUCCGACGAUCAAUUUUUUGAAGCUGAAGGGAUCGUUGUGGAAGGCGGCGAUGCAGUUCCUUACAGCCCAGAGGGCCCAGGGGCACCAAGCCUGUCACAGUCGAAACAAACCUCGAAGUUGGAAAAGGAUGGAGAUCAGGAUGCUCAACAAGGGAAGAGUUCCAUGGGCAUCUGUGCUUCUCCCAUUGCGCUUGAUGUUGGCAGUGCUGUAUCCGUUGGCGAUCAGGCCGGUACCAGUCCACCCGAUGCGGAGGUCGUUGCAGAGAUUCCAGACCCGGCUGGAAGUGUGAGCAGCAGCGCACCAACGGGCCCGUUGGACCAGAGACAUAGCAAUGCCCUCGAUGGGAAAAUAAGCUUGGAUAGUGCCAGCUUCCUGGCGAAAUUGCAACCUGACGGUCCAAGCCUGAAUUCGAACUUGACAAAGACUGGGUCGCUAGACAGUGAGCCCAGUGCCGAAAUAUGGAGGUCGUGUUCAGCAACGGAUAUGGAAGGGGUGGGGCUGGGUGAGAAGGAACCCACCAAGGGCAGCUCAGAGACCAUGGUGCCUCUGCCUGAGAGCAGCUCUUUGAACAGGGGUACGGCUGUGAACCAAGCACCAAAGGGUCCUGGGGUGGACGCCUUGCAGAAGGAAGCCAUGGAUGAUCUUGCGUUGCAUGGACCAAACUGGGAGGGAGAAAAGGUGGAAGCUGUGCCCUCUGAUCACAAAGCUUUUCCUGACACCUCUGCAGUGCAGCCGACCAUGGCUGUGCCAAACAGGGACUCCAGCGACGUGUCGUCAUUGCUGACAGCAGACCGGUGGUCGAGUGGCCAAGAGGGGUUCGUCGAUUCACACCAGUUCUUGCCUCCGUCCGAGCUGGUGAACAGGGAUGCCUUUGCAACUCCUCCUACUCCCGCUGGGACGACGGCAGUCCGUCCAGAGGCCACAGAUCCCAAUGCAGACCACCGGGGCAGCAGCCGGGAAGACGACGCAGAAGGAGGCGGCGCUGAUGCAGGAGAAUGGCCACUCCCACUCGCGCCGGCUGCUGCUGGUCCAGACGACCCAGCACCCGGAUCCCAACAAGGGCUGCUGGAUGUGGCGGGCGCUGUAGAAGCUGCAUCUCCCGAUUUGCAGCCGUCUGCAUCGACCACUGCCGCGACUACAGGGGAACCUGCCGCCGCCGCAGUGCCCAUGGCCGCGGGCGCGGAGGCCAGUUCCGAAGAGCCUGCGCCGCAAGGGGAGGCCCGGUGUGCAGCAGUUUCUGCAGAUGGCGGCGUCGCCAACCCAAGCCAGGUUGCGCCAGCCAGCGCCACGGGCGCUCCUCAUCAGGCCACAGACAUCGCCCCGAGCAGUCUGCCUCGGCCCGAUGACGCGCAAGCCCUCCUCCAGUCCGGGGAUCAGCAACUUCCCCGCACAGGAUCGGCGCCAGACGUCGCUGCAUCGCCCAAAUCCCCCCGGGAGGGCCCCGCCGGCGCCAGCUUCGCGGAAACGUGGUUCGGCCAGCAGCCGUCAAGCGACGACCCCUUGUCGCCGACGUCGGCGGCGACGGACCGCAGCGCCGACGCCGACAACCGAUCGGCGAUGGCCGACGACUCCUAUCCCGUGGAUGGCUCCCUCGACGCCGGCCCGCCCAGCUUCAGCGCCGCGCAGCUGCGCGUCCUGAUCCCCGAGCUGGACGAGCGGAUGCGCCAGGGCGCGGUCUUCCAGCCCGUUCCGGAGGACCGGCCGCUGGAGGACGCGUCCGGGCCGGCCACCUGGGAGGCCUUCGGCCAACAGCCAGCAGCCAACCUGGUGUCCCCCACCAACCCAUGGGGGGCUCCCCCCAUGGUCUCGCCCACCAACCCCUGGGUGGAGGACGACGCGCUGAUGCGGUUCGAUGCCCCGCCCCCUACCCCCCAGGCCAGCGGCGUGGAGGCCGCGCUCGUCGAUGCCGGCAUGCCGCUGCUGACGGUCGUGGAGACCGUCAGCGCGAGGUUCGCCGGCGAGUGCCUCACGCGCUACGGGAUCCACGGCCGGGUGGCGCUCAAGCUUGCCCAGCCGCCCAAGGUGGCGGAGAACGGCGGGAGAGGGUCGGAGAAGGGGGGGCUGGACGAGUUCAGGCUGGUGCUGCGGAUGAAGUGCGUGCAGAGGAACGUGGACACGGGCAGCUUGAGGGCCAACGGCGCGCUGCUGGAGGAGCCAGGGCGCGAGCGGGCCAAGGCCGGCGACGUCCGGUGCAGCCUGUCGAUGAACGAGGCAAGGGUGGGGAUCGUGGAGUCCAGGCAGCUGGCGUGGGGGCUGGGGAAGUGCGUGCGGGGGGCCGCGGCGGCGGGGGAGGGCGGCAGGGCGAGGGAGGUGGAGCUGCUGAGGUACACCAUCCGGCCCCAGGCACUGGCGGGCGCCCCACUCCACAUCCACGUCCAGUGGCGACGCCCUCGCAGGGCUGGCCAGCGGCUACUGGUCGACAUCGCGCUGUCAGCCAAUCCCAAAUUGACCAUCUGCCUGUGGGGCGUCAUCGUGACGCUUCGGGGCAUGCCGCAGCUCGUGCUGAGGCCAAAUGGCCAGCCAGAGGGGGAGUCGCAGCCCAGGGCGGACUGGAACAGAGAGGAAAACGCUUUCCAGUGGCGGCUGGCGGGCAUAGACCCGGAGGAGCCCCCCCGGCACCUCCGACUGGCGGUGGCAGAGUCAUGGGACAGGCCCGGGCCGAACAGCUCUCAAAGUCUGUCACGAGACGACAGCCCGCCCACCCUGUGCGCUGAGGUUCGAUUCGUGAUGCCCCACACAACGCUGUCCCGCACCAUCGUGGAGGCGGCUGUCGAGCCCAAGUACAGCGACGGGUCCGCAGCCAAGAAUUUGCUUUGGGAGAAGAUGUCCCUCAGCGGUGAUUACGCGGCAGACACGCGCUACGACUGA